UUGCCUCUCUAAAAACCUCUCAGACUCAAAUCAAAUCAAAUCCUUUCUCUUUUUCGAAACUCUCAAACCUCAACAGAAAAAAAAAUGGCGCGAAUUCUCUUCCGUCUUCUCGGAGAAUCCAACACUCCGUCGCCUGUCACGGAUACCGCCACCGUGUCUUUGAACUCCGACCUCGUCGUCAUCCUCGCCGCUCUCAUCUGCGCCUUGAUCUGCGUCCUCGGUCUAAUCGCCGUCUCUCGAUGCGUCUGGCUCCGCCGUCUCGCCGCCGGUACCAGAACCUCCUCCGGAUCCCAAGACGGUUCCGGCCAAUCUCCUCCGCAGCAGGCAGCGGCGGCGAACAAAGGACUGAAGAAGAAAGUGCUCCAGUCUCUCCCGAAGGUGACUUUCUCGCCGGAGUCGCCUUCAUCGGAGAAAUUCGCCGAGUGCGCGAUCUGCCUUACCGAGUUCUCCGCCGGCGACGAGCUCCGUGUUUUGCCGCAGUGUGGUCACGGAUUCCACUUGUCAUGCAUUGACACGUGGCUCGGGUCUCACUCGUCUUGCCCUUCUUGCCGUCAGAUCUUGGUUGUUGCCAGGUGUCAUAAGUGUGGCGGGUUGCCCGGUAGCUCCAGCUCCGGGUCUGAACCUGAAAUCGUGAUCCGAAUUAAGCAAGGCGAAGAUGAUCCUAGCUCCUACUUGCCCUGAUUCGUUUUGUUCCUUCUUCGUAUGUUAGAUAUCUUUUACUAUAAUUUAAUGCAGAUUAGUGGAUAGUGUUUAUUCUCUUAAUAUGUACAUUUUUAUUGUAAUUUGUAAAUGUUGUAUUAAAUUGAAAUUUAGCAA